AUGGAUAAAUGCCAUAAGUGCAAGAAUCCAAUUCGCGGUGACAGCGGAAUCCGCUGUGAUGGUGUGUGUGGUAAAGUGUGGCACUGGGCAAAAAAAUGCUCUGAAUUGGAUGAGUACAGUGCGAAUGUACUCAAAGAAAACAACUUUGUGCGCUUUAUGUGUAACCAAUGUCACACAUACAUGCAUAACAUCGAUGAGGUGCUCCGAAAUAUGAACUUAACAAUAGAGAAAAAUAGUCAAAAGAUCCAAGAGUGUAAUGAUGACUUCCAGGAGUCGCAGAAAAUGCAAGUGAAAGAGCUUAAACUUCUCUUGCAAUCAAUAGAGAAAAAAUUUGGGGAACGCAUUGAUGCAAUGCAAAGAGUACAAAAAACCUGUGAGGCGAGUAUUCUCGAAGUGAACCAAAUUAAGUCAAUAGCUGACGGCGUAAAAAAGCAAAGCCAUGAUCUUUGCGAAGCCAUAGUGCGCAAUGAAAAUGAGAACAAAAAAAUUUGUGAAGAGAUAAAGAAAUCGGUGACUGCUGACGCGUUAGCAGGUCAGCGGGCGAAAGCCACUUACGCGGAUCUCUUUAAAGGUAAUACUGCGAAAGAUAAUAGGCCGCCGAAAGUAAAUAAAGAGAAGCCAUUAGUUCUACAACCAAAAGAGAAGCAGGAAGUGGGAAAAACAAAAGAAGAUUUGAACAAAAAUGUUGACCCCUCAGGCUUGAAAAUUAAUAGUGUACAGGGGAGGAAAAGUGGGGCUGUAGUAAUACAAACAGAAAAUGAGGCUGAGCGUGAAAAAAUCAAAAAGCAAGUUUGUGGGGACCCUAGCGUUGAGUUUACGUCUCACCCAGGUGUAAAGAAAGCGCUACCCAAAUAUUUGCAAUGCGUAUAUCUCAAUAUACAGAGUUUAGUGGCUAAUAAAGUUGAGCUAGAAAUACUUAUAGAUUUUACCGACCCGGAUCUACUUUUGUGUUCCGAAACAUGCCUAACUGAUGACAUAGAGGAUACGGAAAUAAUGUUCCCGGCGUAUCAGAUGAUACGCUGCGACUCACACAGCAAAAGCUUCAACUUGAGCAUUGUGAUAUCAACUAACCCCAUACAGGUCGCCACUUACAAUAAGGCGAUCAAAGUGACUGUGGACGGACCGCGUGAGCCACGCUCCAAGAUACGGCAUCAAGGCUUUCAUCCGUUUGCCUUCGGACCACAACGUUUCGGCCCUGGUGAUCCUCUGAUGGGUGGACUGCCGUUCAAGUUUCCAGGUUUCGCACAUCAUCUCGUCGGAAUGCAUAGUCACUUGCAUGCGCCCGAUUGGCGUGCCUUGAGUGCCGUUGGCAACCCCGCUGCAUUAGCUCGACCAGGUUUUCCGCACGGUGCGCCCUUUUUUCAUCAUCAACAUCCCGCUUUUCAGGCGCACAGCAUUGCCGGUAGUUUGGAGCGCCACGGACUGCGCUCUCUAAAUGAUUCCCAUCACCAUUUGACACAGUUGCGGCAGCUAUCAACGGUGGGUGCGGCGCAUAGUACUACCAGUCCGGAGGGUUCGCCCACAACGACAACCCACAAUUUAGAUGGACGGCCGCCGCUCACCACCUCCCCGCCUUUAACAACAACGAACAGUGAUAACGAUAAUAACAAUAAUAUUGAUGCUGGUUUCGAAAGCGAUAGCAUUUCGGUGACGGGCUCGCCAAGAAAAACUUCUUCGCUACACGAAGACGACGAUGGACGCAGCACUUCGCCGCCCUCGAAUUGUGGUUCUGCCAGCGGUGGCGGAGGUGGUGGUGGCGGUGGCGGCGCUUUCACAUCGCUCAUACAACGAAAUUCGACGCUGCGCAAGAAUGAGCUCUUCACUGGAUUCGCGUCACAAUUCUCGCCCGCGGCCAGCAACUUUAAUCCCGCCUUAGCAGCGCAACUUUUCUUGCAGAAUCCGCUGCUGCCGCAGCCAAGCCAAUGGCUGUAUACACAGCUUUACGGUAACUACAGUGACUUUCCUUGGUUUCGAGGCGCUGGCAAUGCCGUUGGUGAUGGCUUGGCGCAACCAGUGCCGCCAGGUGUGCCACCCGCCGAACUGCCGGGCACAACUAGCCUGACAGCGACGGAUGCGUGCACAAAUGGUGUUAAUUUAGUAAAACGUUGUGUAACGCUGAUUUCACAUUCGCCGGAUGUGGAGAACGCAAAUCCGAAUGCUUCGCCGCCGGUCACUUCAACGCGCCGCUCACCAUCCCCGGUGGAGACUAUCGAUCUGGACGAUGUGAGUACGACAUCGCGUACUGAGUUGGAAUCUGGUGGUUUUGGACCAAUACGUUGCCGUACUCCAAAGUCAACUGACGUGUGGCGGCCAUACUAGCGGCUGCGUAACGCCAUGGUAACGGCGUUGGGCUUAAAAGAAAUGGCGGAGCAGGCAGAGGCAGAGGAUGAGGUGGUAGAACUUGAUGUGAAGCAAUGAUAAGUGUAGAAUGAUGUCGAAGUGGAACGGAGUGGAAGAAAGUAAAGUACAGUAAAGUUAGGUUGUUGUGCAGCGUUGCCAUAUCGUAUUUUAUUUAGAUGCCGAUAGGUCAAUAUGAGAAAGUGAGAUUUUAAAGUAAUUUAAUGUAAAAUAAGUUAUUACUUGUACUGUUGUAGAGACAGAAAUUGUACUGUUUUGUAA